CUCGUAUCUCGCAUUCGCAUUGAAUACUUCGCUUCUGGACCGCACCCCGAAUUGCGUCAUAUGCGCCUAUCAAACACGGGGAAGACGCCUUCCGAAGCUCAACUGUCUUAUCUAUCUGGCCGCCGGACCAGCGCCCUUUGCCUGCCCUGCCUGUACCUGUACCUAUCGUUAACAGCUUAGGGAAUGCACGAGGUUAUGCACUUAUGCGUAACAGGCCGGACAGGUGCACACGCAACAAGGUACCUCCUGUCCGCUCUGGCUACAUCCUAGUAAGAACAAGCUCGCGCGACGCGGGGCAGCGGGGUAGGUCGAUAUUCCCAUCUUACUACCUGCCCAUACUCGACAUCCAAGCUCUCCCUCCUCCGCUUUCAACCGCUCGACCGAAUCCAUCGGGUGCCGCUCUCAUACCACACCCUGCGCAUUAUCCCCUCCAGGACACCGAGGCAUCUGGGAGGUGCGGAGCGUCAACUAUGACGCUCAAGGGGACUCGUGAGGCUAGCCACGCGUUCAGCUGGUACGAUGGCGACGCUGCUUCCCUGUCUAGCCAGCUAGACAGCUUCCUGGCCGACGUCCCGAGCUCCAUCCACGACAGCAGCCUCCCCAUUCCCGGAGCUAAGAUCGUGAUUGCGCCACACGCAGGCUACUCGUACUCGGGGCCCUGCGCAGCGUGGGCGUACAAGUCUCUCGACCUGAGCAGAGCUAAGCGUAUCUUCGUCCUCGGGCCCUCGCACACCUACUACCUCCUCGGAUGCGCCUUGACCAAGUACGCCAAGUACGCGACGCCGUUCGGCGACUUGACCGUCGACGAGGACGUCGCCCAGCAGCUACGCGACACGGGCAAGUUCCAGGACAUCCCGAACCGGAGCGACGUCGACGAGCACUCACUGGAGAUGCAUCUCCCGUAUAUCUACAAGCGACUUACCCAGACCUUCGCGUCCGAAGCCGAGUACCCGACCAUCGUGCCCGUCCUCGUCGGCGACAAUAGCGGCGCGCAGGAGAAGGAGUUCGGCGAGGUGCUGGCGCCGUAUCUGCAAGACCCGGACAACGCCUUUGUCGUGAGCUCCGACUUCUGCCACUGGGGCACGCGGUUCAGCUACACGGCCUACGCCCCGGGCGGCGACGUCGACCAGAUCCAUUCUCUGGGCCGGAAGGCGCCUCGGCCUACGAACCCGCCCAUUCACGAGAGCAUCAAGCAAGUCGACCACCAGGCCAUGGACGCCAUCGAGACGGGCGACCACGACAAGUUCGUGGACAAUCUGAGGCACACGAAGAACACCGUCUGCGGACGGCACCCCAUCGGCGUCGUGAUGGCCGCUCUCGAGGUGCUGGCGCGGGCGGGGCCGAGCGAGCCCGGCAAGUACCGCUUCAAGUUUGUGCAGUAUCAGCGCAGCAGCCUGGUCGAAGACGUCCACGACUCGAGCGUCAGCUACGCGUCGGCGUACGCCAUGGUGUAAGGGAGGGGAAGGGCGGCGGCGAUCUAGGCCGAGGAAUGGUUGGUGAUUAGAAGAGCCUACGUACGCUCGGUAGAUUCUCAGAUUAGACACCCGCCCCGGGAUCCAAAUCGACGGGGCCUUUUUUGACACAGUAUCU